UUCUGACAGCUUAAAUGAAAUUGAGGGAAUUUUUCUGUUUUCGUUGUAAUUUAAAGCUAAUUAAGAUCCAUUACCUUUUUAACAAAGCUGAUUCUUAAAUCAGCAUAUCGUCUUCGCUUCCUCAGUGUGGCCUGGAAGGAGAUACACAAAGAAUUCACAUAAUCACUUGAACUCUGCAUCCAAUUUUCCUACCCCAGAGGAGGAUAUAAGUAGUUUUUAUUUUUUUUCUUCUGAAUCGCAGUUUACAGGACUCCAAUGGUUCUCUGAUGUAUCCGGGCGCCAGCAAAAGCAUAUGCUGAACUUCUCCAUGACUUGAAUACUGUACUUGUUGAAAACAGACCUUGAAGCAUUCAGAAGAAAUAAGUAAUGGUGAUGUUCUUGGACAAACAGCAAGAUUUAGAAUACUUUGUUGACACAUACCAGUUAUAGUGUACAAAAGCAAGCAGAAACAAUGUGAUUGUAUUUUAAAUGAUAGCUAUGAUUAUCAGAUCUUUUGUGGUUGAUUAAACAUUCAAUAUCUGAGGCCCCAACCUCUUUAUAACCUCUAUGACACAAGAGUAAAUGACAAGACAUACUUUGAGUUGCUCGGCUAAUAAUAAGGUUUGAAACUGUGAUGGAAAACAAGGAGGUUGAAAAGCAGAUGUCGCAACCAGCUCACAGAUGGUACUAAUAUUUACGUUGCUGCAGGGUAUAGGUUGUUAUGCAGGUUACAUGAAAGCGGAACAAAGGUAUGUGUAGUAAUGAAACAAAAUGGUUGGGGCCACAGCUGCAAAGGGGGUGGCUGGUGGUAUUUAUUUUAGGCAGGCAACAUAUUCCACUCAUUCACACUGGGAUACCAGAGAGGUGGAUAACAGGGAGGCAGCAAGAAACUGUGAUCAUGCGAGCAUUGGUGUUCAUCCUCUUGAUGGAAAUGGUGGAUGUGAACGUCAGCCAGGAAUACAGCCCCUUCCAGUGGCUGUCCCAACUGCGAGGCCGGCUGGCAGGCUGGCAGUCUGAGGCUCUCGAUUGCCCCCUGGAGUGUGAUUGUCCAGCAGCCUACCCCACAGCUAUGUACUGUCACAGCCGCAACCUGCAGCACAUUCCCUAUGUCCCAUCACACAUAAAGUAUGUCUACCUGCAGCGUAACCAAAUCACAGGCAUUCAGGAUGGAGUGUUCGACAACGCCCCCAACCUGGUGUGGGUGAUUUUGUCGCAUAACCAGCUCAGCUCGGAGAAAAUCAGCGACAGUGUCUUUGUCGAGCUGGGAAGCCUGGUUCGACUCUACCUGGAUAACAAUGAACUGACCCAUGUGCCUCGUAACUUACCAAGAUCCCUCACUGACCUGCGACUUUCCUACAACAAAAUCACAAACAUCUCCUCCAACUUAUUUGAGUCCAUGUCCAACCUCACCACCCUUCAACUUCAGGGAAAUGACAUAGAAGAGGUAGACGGUGGGUUAACGGGGCUAAAAUCUCUUAUGAUGCUGGACAUGAGCAAAAACAAGCUGAUGAAAAUUCCUGACAACUUUCCCAAAGAACUACAACAGCUCUACCUGGACCAUAACAACAUAAAGAGUGUCCCAGUUGGUUUUCUUACCAUGUAUCCCAAACUACAAUUUAUCCGCUUGAGUCACAACAGUUUGACUGAUGAAGGACUUCCCUCCAAUGUCUUCAACACCAGCACACUCGUUGAGCUUGACCUGUCCUUCAACCAACUGGAGAAGAUCCCACUUGUUAGCAGGAACCUGGAAAACCUGUACCUGCACGCCAAUAAGAUCAAAGAGUUUUCCCUGAGCAGUUUCUGUGACACAAUCGACGGAACAAACUUCUCCAGGCUGAGAGUGCUGCGUUUGGAUGCCAACAAAAUCAGCGCCAGAGACAUUCCUGUUGAGGCUGCCUACUGUUUGCGACUGGUUUCUUCUGUUAAUGUUUAGAACUUCCUGUCCUUUCAUGUUUUAUUUUCUCCAUCUCUAACUCAUACUCUCUUACUGUUACACAUCUGCUUCAUUGGUCAAGAAAUUUUUUUUUUAUCAAACAAUUAUGUUAACAAUUCAGUGAUAUCAUAAUUCCAGUGUUAGUCAACAGGAAAUACCAGUGUUGCAUAAUCGAAUAUCCAGAUGGCAGUCAGAUAGUCAUGAGAGAGCUGAUGGAUUUUCUUUAGAAACAUUACAAUCUAAGUUACUGGUUUAUGCCAAACCAACGCUGUUACACAUAAUUACACAAUAGCUGAUGAAGACAAUUUUAAUCAGCAUCAAACUGUCAAUCAUUUGUCGAAGAUUUAGUUUGGAUCUUUGUCUCCACCAUGUGGAAUGCCACAAAACUUCACAUCAAGCAAUGCUUUGUUGUUUUUCUUGAAGACAUUUUUUCUCACUUCAUCACUUUACUGGUUGCACAAUUCAUAUAAAAUCUUUUAUUCCAAAAUGUAUGCACUGGGUCACUAUAUUAUUUUGAACUGACUUUAGUUAAUAUGCAUCUAAAUAUUUACUUUGAAGCCCACAUGAUCUGGUUUUAACAGCAUUUUAUAAAGUUAAAACUAAGGAAUGAUGUAUAUGCAUGAGAUGUUGAAAGCAAAUGUUACACUUGAUAACAAUAAAGUCUUUUAAU